UUGUUUGUUUUAGUAAAAGUGGCCGCUGCUCCAACGUUGUGGGAAAAGUUUCCAUUCACGAACACGUGUUUCAGCAUCGCAGAUCUGCCAGACAGCAGCAGCGUCACUGGUAUAAUGGACUACGUUAGACCAAGGAGCAAUUCUUCGAUUCCUGAACAUUCGUCUUCCGGUGAUCUGCGUUCACCGGACGGCAUUAUUUCCUGGCACACCUGCCAUCUGAAUAGCGGAAAUUACAAUAGAAGGACCAAACUUCCUGCCCUGAUGAUUAAACGCAGCCAAAUCAACCUUUGGAGUAUUCUGAAACAGUCUAUUGGAAAGGAGCUGACAAAAAUAACGAUGCCAAUCGUUUUCAACGAGCCGAUCACAUUUUUGCAGCGCAUUGCUGAGUACAUGGAGUAUUAUGAGCUGCUUCAGCAAGCGGCAGUGGAAGAGAACCCGCUUAAGCGAAUGGAAAUAGUCGCCGCGUUUGCUGUCUCAGCGUUGGCCUGUAACUGGGAGCGUGUCGCGAAACCGUUCAAUCCGUUACUGGGCGAAACCUAUGAAUUGGACAGAUCAAGCGACUUAGGAGUGCGUAUAGUCUGUGAACAGGUCAGUCAUCAUCCGCCGAUCAGCGCCUUCCACGUCGAUGGUGACGGUUUUUCGUUUUAUGGCAGCAUUUAUCCGAAGGUCAAGUUUUGGGGUCAGAGUGUCAUUAUUGAACCAAAGGGAGUGAUUACGGUUGAGCUGCACAAGUCCACCGAUUCGUUGUUCUGUCGAAGCCAGUCCUUGCAUGAUCAGCAUGGCGUGAUGGAAAUCGUUAGUCACUCAUCAGGUCUAAAGUGUAAGCUCCACUUCAAGCCAACUAGCAACUGGUUUGGCAAAGACGGUACCAACCACAUUGAAGGAACUAUUUUAAGCCGAUCGAAGACGCGGUUGAGGUCUUUGUACGGUGAGUGGACAAAGUUUCUUGCCAGCUGUGACCCUGACAGUUAUGAUUCGAAUUUUACGAUCUGGGGUAAGGAAAGACAGAGUUAUCGCGCCAGAGAGAGCAGCUACAAGGCACACAGGUCCAUUUCCGAUGAUUCUUCCAUAGACAUCGUCUUGCCUUUGUUGACUGGAUCAACGUUAUUGUGGUGUGCCAAGCCGCGACCGUCGUGUAGCAGAGAGUAUUAUAAUUUCACGUCCUUUGCGAUGAUGCUCAACGAGUACGACUCAGAAAGGGACCGUAAUAUUCCGCUGACAGACUCAAGAUUACGGCCAGAUGUGAGACAUAUGGAAAAUGGUGACAUCGAGCAUGCUACGACAGAAAAGUCAAGACUCGAAGAGAAGCAGAGACAAGUAACUGCACAACGCAAGAAGGACAAGAACAUAUGGAAACCCUUGUAAAA